AAAUCAGGUUCACUUUGCGCGAGUUACAUCGCGGCAUAAUAGCUCGGAGCAAGCGUUGUUCGAUGCAUCGAAUUGUCAGAGCUCGCGAGAUCAGGUAACCGCACUAUAUAUAUAUAUAAAAACGUUCAACGCCCGCCGCUGCAGAUAAAUAAAGUGUUUUUUUAAGUCUCUGCACUUCUAAUCACACAUAAUUACAUACGACUACUAGGGCUGCAUACGCGUUCGCGAUAAGAUAAGACUCCCGUUUUCAGAUUCGUUCAAAGUUCGAAAUCCCCUUUCGGGCGCACUAAGAGCCCACCCGUAUAGCGUUGAUCUUCGAGAGAAAAACCGGAAACGGUAAAGAGUGCUAGUUAGUGGUCGUCGGGCGCGUGCAUCGUCGAGAUUUUCCCCCGCCUGCGGACCCGAUGACGCGUGGGGGUACAAGUCGAGAGAGAAAAAAGAGAAAAGCCGCCGGCAUCAGUGCGCGCUCCACUCCGAGCCGGUUCGGUGAAGAGUCUCGACUUCUCAUUCGUACGCGUUACAACAUAUCUCAUAUAAUAGUCAUGGCGAGUGAUGCAGAGAAGCUACUGCGCGAAGUUCUCGACGCGCUGGUGGAGUACGGCUUCUUCGAGCCGAAUUCGAAGCAGCCUAUCGUCAGGUUCCUGCAUCCCGACGAGCUUCAGAAAGCUCUACCAACGAAGCUGGGCGAGGAGGGCGCCAACCAGGAGGAGAUCCACCGAAUAGCCCGUCAGAUCGUGCAGUACUCCGUUAGAACGUUCAGUCCGCACUUUCACAAUCAGCUGUACGCCGGCAUCGACUCAUAUGGCCUCGCCGGUGCUUGGCUUACCGAGGCGCUCAACACGAGCCAGUACACGUACGAGGUGGCGCCGGUGUUCACCCUGCUCGAGCGGGAGAUCGUCGAGCGUUCCCUCGAGCUCGUCGGCUACCCGGCAAUGCCCGAGGCCGACGGUAUUCUCUCUCCUGGCGGCAGCCUUUCCAACAUGUACGGCAUGGUACUCGCGCGCUACCGCUAUUUUCCGCAGUCCAAACGGACGGGAAUGACGGCCUGUCCGCCGCUGGCUUACUUCACGUCCGAGGACGGACACUACUCCAUGAGCAAAGGAGCCCACUGGCUGGGCCUCGGUACCGACAACAUUUUCAAGGUAAAGACGGACAAACUGGGCCGUAUGGACGUGAGCGACUUGAGAGCCAAGAUCGCGGAAGCCCGUGAUCGAGGCUGCAAACCGAUCUUCGUUAACGCGACCGCGGGAACGACAGUGCUGGCGGCCUUCGAUCCGAUCGACGAGAUCGCGAACGUCUGUCGAGAGGAGGACCUCUGGCUUCACAUCGACGCCUGUCUAGGAGGUACACUCCUACUGUCGCAGAAGCACCGCGAUCGUCUCCGAGGAAUCGAGAAAUCGAACUCGGUCGCGUGGAACCCUCACAAGAUGCUUGGCGCCCCGUUCCAGUGCUCGAUCUUCUUGGUCAAGGGUAAGAACGCGCUGCACGAGGCUAACUGCGCCGGCGCCAAGUACCUUUUCCAGCAGGACAAGUUCUACGACGUGUCCUGGGACACUGGCGACAAGAGUGUACAAUGCGGUAGAAAGACCGACGCCAUGAAGUUCUGGCUGAUGUGGAAGGCUCGCGGUACCGCUGGUCUCAGGCGCUCCGUCGACGUCGCGAUGGACGCGGCCGACUACUUCUUACAGAGGAUCAAGGAUCGCCAGGGAUUCAGGAUCGUCCUGCCGAGCUACGAGGGCUGCAACAUCUGUUUCUGGUACAUACCACCGAAGAUGAGAGGCAAAAAGGAAGACGAAGCCUGGCGUCAGAAGAUACACAGGAUCGCGCCGAGCAUCAAGGAACGAAUGAUCAAACAGGGCACGAUGAUGAUCGGAUACACGCCGAUGGCCCACAAAGGCUUGGAGAACUUUUUCCGGAUGGUCGUCAACUGCCAGCCACCGCCCACCAAGGAGAACAUGGACUUCGUCAUCGAGCAGAUUGAGAAAUACGGCGAGGAUCUCGGUGACUGAGCGGAAUUUACUUUUAAGCUGUUUUCACGUUCAGUCGAGAUUAAAAAUAUUGUAGCUCUUGCUUUUUCUCUUCUUCCUUUGUAUUGGAAGAAAUGUUCGCGCUGUCGAUUCGAGGAAGAGCAGUGUACAAUGGAACUUGUUUCCACGCGCGUUUGUUAAAUCUCUGUAAAUAUUUCGAUUGUGUACUGCAGUGUGGAAGGUACGAGUUUUACGAAAAUAACUGCGUUAUUAUAUUUUCCAUGUGUAUUCUGUUUCGGAUUUGUAAAUAAAAUCGUGACGAUGAAAACAAUU